GCUUGGCGAUGAAUAAACUCUAUCCAACUGCUGCGGCCGCGCUCGAUGGCCUGGCGCAUGACGGCAUGCUCAUGGCUUCGGGCGGUUUUGGCUUGUGCGGCAUUCCUGAGGCAUUGAUUGACGCUUUGCACGCCACAGGCGUGAAGGAUUUGACCGUGAUUUCCAACAAUUGCGGCAUAGACGACGUGGGGCUAGGCAAACUCUUGGCCGCACGGCAAAUCAAAAAAAUGAUCUCCAGCUAUGUGGGCGAGAACAAGGAGUUUGAGCGCCAAUAUCUCUCAGGCGAGUUGGAGUUGGAAUUUACCCCCCAAGGCACUUUGGCGGAAAAGCUGCGUGCGGGUGGUGCAGGCAUUCCCGCAUUUUUCACCAAAACUGGGGUGGGCACGAUAGUGGCCGAGGGCAAGGAAACGCGCGAGUUUGAUGGCGAAACCUAUGUCAUGGAGCGCGCCUUUAACCCUGAGCUGGCCCUGGUUAAAGCCCAUGUGGCUGAUAAAUCGGGCAAUUUGCGUUUCCGUUUGACGGCUCGCAACUUCAAUCCCGCUUGCGCCAUGGCCGCCAAAAUCUGCGUGGUGGAGGUGGAAGAAGUGGUG